AUCGUGUUGUUUGUCAUCAAAAACGUCAAAAACGUACGACGAAAUUUGGAAAACGUAAAACGUGUGAUACUACUAAAAAUGUGUCCGAUUACAUAGUGGUUAAAGUAACUAACAAAAAUGGCACGCCAUCGCAAUGUGCGUAAUAGAAGUUAUUCCGACGAUUACGAUUAUGACGAUCUCUACGGGCAUUCCGUAGAGGAUGAAAGCUGUUUGUCUCCGAGCGAUACUGAACAGUGGAUGUACGACCGUUCUAGGAAUCAACAAGCCAUAUCUGCUUUCUUAGACAGCCACAAUGAUAUUCAAGAGGAGGCCGAGGACGAGGUGUUCGAUGCAGCACACCCGGGGCUGGAGCGCCGCGACUCGGUGGAUCUUCGCAGUCUCAACCUUAGCGAGGAAGACGAGGCUCGCUUGAUGUCGUGCUUAGAUGAGCUUCGAAAUGUUCUAGGUGACAGCAUACCUGAUAAUACCCUCAUACAAUCUGUACUCAAUCACAAGUUCGAUUUCAAUAAAGCUUUAGAUGAAAUACUCAACAAUAAGCAGAGUAAAGACUGCGAUCGACCAAAAGAAGAACCCGCGAAGCAAAUACCGACUGUUCUUAUUGACGCAGCAAAAGACAUAGUAUCAACAGCACAGAAAGCUCCUAAAGUGAUUGCAACUAAUUUAGAACCUAAAGCCAUAGGUGUUGUUAAAGGAUUUAAGGUCUCAUCUAAGGAUGGAAGUUCAAGCAGUUCCCAGUCCCCGAGAGAUCAGUCACCAAUACCUGAGAGAGUGGCCACUCCAAAGUUGGACGAUGAGUACAAAACUCCCAAUAUUAAAGUAAAGGAAAACAAAAUUGAUCCAAAUAAGCAGUACACAGAAGAACGUGGCUCUGACAAAGAUCAUCUGUACAUUGUAGUGAUAGGCCAUGUUGAUGCUGGCAAGUCAACACUCAUGGGGCGCUUGCUUUGUGAUCUGGGUGAGGUGAGCCAGAGGACAUUGCACAAGUAUGAACAAGAAAGCAAGAAGAUUGGCAAACAAAGUUUCAUGUAUGCUUGGGUUUUGGAUGAAACCGGAGAAGAGAGAGUUAGGGGGAUCACCAUGGAUGUUGGAAGAGCACAGUUUGAGACAAAAACAAAGAAAGUCAUUAUCCUUGAUGCCCCUGGGCAUGCUGAUUUUAUCCCAAACAUGAUAACUGGAGCGGGCCAGGCAGAUGUAGCCUUGUUGGUGGUGGAUGCUACUAGAGGUGAGUUUGAAUCGGGAUUUGAACUCGGUGGUCAGACAAGGGAACAUGCGCUUCUUGUCCGUUCCCUUGGAGUCAAUCAACUGGCUGUUGCUGUGAACAAAUUAGAUACCACAAACUGGUCUCAAGAGAGGUUCAAUGAAAUCACCAAAAAGCUCAAAGCAUUUUUGAAACAAGCUGGAUAUAAGGAUUCUGAUGUCACAUUUGUGCCUUGCUCUGGAUUAACAGGAGAGAACCUAAUUAAGCCAGCAACUGAACCUGAACUGGUAAAGUGGUACAAUGGGCCUUACCUUCUAGAUGUAGUUGACAAAUUUAAUGUGCCAGAAAGGCCAGUGUCAAAGCCUCUGAGGAUGUCCAUCAAUGACGUUUUUAAAGGCACUGGCUCCGGAUUUUGUGUUGCUGGGCGUAUUGAGAAUGGAGUACUCAAUAAAGGAGACAAGGUGUUAGUAUGUCCAAUGAAGGAAAUGGCAGAAGUUCGUGGUAUAAGCAUCAAUGAAAUGUCCAGUAAUGUGGCUUUUGCUGGAGACCAAGUGAGUGUAACAUUAUCAGGAGUGGACAUGCAAAAUAUAUCAGUUGGAUUUAUUCUUAGUGACCCCAUUCAGCCAGUACCAGUAACAUCGCGAUUUGAAGCUAGACUUGUGGUAUUUAAUGUAAAGGUUCCUAUUACAAAGGGUUAUCCAGUUUUGAUACACCAUCAAUCCUUAGUAGAGUCUGCAAACAUAGUCAAAUUGAAGGCAUUGCUAAAUAAGAGCACUGGAGAGCUGCUGAAGAAAAAACCUAGAUGUUUAGGGAAUAACUCUGUAGCUGUCGUAGAUAUCGAAGUUUGUCGACCGAUAUGUGUAGAGCGUUACAAAGACGUGAAAGAACUUGGACGAGUAAUGUUGAGAGUUUCUGGAGUUACGAUUGCAGCUGGACUUGUUACUGAUAUUUACAACUCUUGAAACAAUUAAGGUUAGACUGUGCUGUGAUAUCAAAAUAUCAAAUUAUAAGCCCUAAUAAAGUUGCCUUGCUGUAAGACAACUGCACAAUGCUAAUGCUAUCUAAUGAAAAUACUUAAUGUAGGUGUCAUGCUAUUAACAGAUUUAUUAUAAUCGUCAAUUUAUUUAUAACAAAUAAAAGUUCUUAUCACAGUUA